AUGGGGGGCCACGGCGGGUUGAACAUUCUUCCGCAGAAGCGGUGGAACGUGUAUAACUACGAGAACCGGGAGAAGGUUCGCAAGGAUGAGGCUGAGCAGGCUGCGCGCGAGCAGGCGCUGGCGGAAGAGCAGCGCCGCCGCGACAGCGAGUUGCGCCUCCAAACGCUCCGCGCGCGCUCGCGGCAGCAGCACCUUCCGCCUCCGCAGCAGCAGGCGGCGGAGGAGCGUCUGCUUCCCCCGCUGGACCAAGCGGCGCAACCUUCGGCGGAAGGCGCCGCGGUCGUCGCGGACUCGUCCCGAUUGUCCGAAUCACUCGAUGUAAGCACACGCGACUCUGUUUCGCAAGCGGGCGCGCUUAAAUCGGGUCACAUAAACCUCUUCGAAGGCUUAGACUCCGCCGAUUUCUCCGCGUUAGCGUGCGGGGCAGGCGCGCAGGCGAGCGACGCGGUGAGGCUCGGUCGCGCGCAGGAGGUGUGGGAGAAAGAGCACAAGGCGGGGGAGGAGGAGAAGCAUAGAUUAGGGUACGGAGCGGUGGGGAAGGGUGGGCAGCAGCCGUGGUAUGCGCGAGCGGGGGACUUGACAGUGGGGGAGGGGGAAGGUGGGGCGGGGAAGAUUAAAGGGGAUGCAGGAAGCAGGGGAGUGGGGAAGAGAAGACAUGUUGAAUCAGCAGAGGCGAAAACGGACUCGCAAAGAGUAGCUUUUCAGGCGCCCCAAAAGUCGGACUCAGAAAGAGUGAAGAGGGUUGGACCUGGAGAAGAAAUUCACCCUGCAAAAAACGAAGAUAGAGACGACACUGGUGAUGGUGACGAUGAGGACAUUUCUAGUCCGAGGCACAAGAAGAAGCGGAAGCACAGAAGGCGACGGUCUGCUUCGCCAGACUCUUCUUCACGUGCAAGCGGCGACGAUGAUUCUAACCACCGCCGUUGUCGCCACCGCCGUUCAAGGAAACACCUCGCCGGCGGUGCCAGGGCGAAGAGACGGCAGGCCGCAGGAGCCGCACCGGUAGUAGCUUCAGAAGCAACGACGACGACGGGAGUGACGGUUUCGACAGCACCGAUGCCGUUGUCGCAAUUGUCUGACAACGUCGCGAUUGACAUGCGCGACGGCCACACGACACAGCAGCCGUCGCUAGUAUCGGUGGAUCUGAGCAAACUGCACACGUCAGCGCUGAAGAGAUACCGCCGGCACUUCAAACUGGCGGAAGUUGGGCCCAACUCGUCUAAAGAGCAGCUCCUGUCGGCCGUCGGGCGGCACUUCAUGUCGCAGCAAUUGGACGAGCUUCAGGUUCUCGCAGGCUUCUUGCAGGCAGCCAAGCGGCUGAAAGUGGCGCACUGA